AUGGCAGCUGCACCACGUCCAUCCGUCCUUGCGACACCACGCAGGCCAUUCGGAACGGCGACGCAUUCCAAUGCCGAGAUGCGCAAAGUCUAUGCCGAUCUCGACAACAACGCCGUAUUCGACUUUUCCAGCAUCGUCUCAGCGGUCAAGACAUUCUCCACACGCUUCCGCGCCUACACCGAGAAUGCCAUCUCCAACAUCAACGACGACAAGGCCGAAUUCGAUGCGAAUCGUAUGGAGCAUCGCAAUCAGCUCAGGAUGCUAGACCGUGAGAUCGAGGACGCAAAGGCGAGCCAGGGCGAGCUGUGGGAUACCAUUGCAAAGGAACGCGAGCAGGAUGCCAACCUUCGGACGCGACAGCAGACCCUUCAAGCGCAAAAGGCGUCCGUCACACAGCGAUGCAAUGAGCUUCAAGCUGAAAUCGCAGAACUCAGACAGAACCUAGAGAGCAAGAAGCAGGCCAAGGAGGCGCGGAGGGAAAAGCUCAAAGAGCAGAUCGACAAGAAUGGUCCCGAGCUGCGUCUGCUCGAAGCCAAGACCGGAUGCUCGGUCGUACCCACCAAGGUCGGUGAUCAGCUCAAAUUUACCUUCAACCUCAUGAACGCAGACGACUGGUCGCAGGAAUGCCACUUCACCAUUGACGUCAGCAGCAGCAAGUACAAGCUCACCUCGGUCUCACCAAAGCUCGAAGCCAGCUUGCAGGAGUCGCUCCUCCAGGAGCUCAACUCUACACGCAAAUUCUACACUUUCGUCAAGAAGAUGCGCGCCGCGCUGCGUGCUCAAGUCGAGAAGGAACGUCUCGAUGCACGCGACGCUGCCCGCCGUGGAGGUCGCUGA